AUGAAGCUAGAAGCAUGGGUAUUCAAGUACCCAAUACCCCGAACAUACCGCAACGUACUCGCUUCUCUAUUCGAAUCCAUUACAACAAAUAGCGACUACUACGGACUCUCCGACAUGUUGCUGAGUGGGCUGACAGCAAGUGAAAUUGCCCUGAUAGUGCACUUUCUCGGAAUCACGGAGCAAUUUCUUUACGCCAACAAGUAUUUAAAUCCUCUCAGAGAUAUCGACCCAUCCAUGGCUGUUUUCGAAUCAUUCAUCGAGAAGGGCUGUCGGAUAUUAAUUCUAGGCAACGAUAUCCUGGACUUGAUGGAGAGAAUUCAACUUCCGGGGACUUACUGGAGCGGUUGGAUUGCCGAGGUGGAGGCCAACGACGAAAUCAUACUCCCGCCUAAGAUAUGGAUCCUGUUAAUUCCCCCAGAUCGACGUCAACCUGAGAGGAUAGCAAGUUUUGAGAGAGCCGAGGAGCUAUUUGAUCCUUUGAUUCAGCUUCAGAAGGGCAACGACCGUCGUCGGGCGACUGAGGCGGGCGAGGCAGCCAUGUGGUCAAUGGGAGUGGCAGACUUGACACUCCAAACUUAUCAAUUUCAGCGGGACACUCAGUGGUCCGAGUAUAUGUGCACUAUGGGGAAAUUCUCACUUGAGGUCGGCUGGAACGACUCGUACAGAGAUAUCCAGUCCAACUGCGCACUUCCGUACAUGGAUAUCAAUGAGGACCCGCAUACGAUCAGCUUCUCGGAGAACGACACCUCAAUGGAAUACAAGUGGGAUACACACUGUGGAGGUCGCUCAAUAGUUUUGUGGAAGAAGAAGUACAGUCUCUCGCGGAACAUGUUGUAUACUGGGGGAGCAAUAGGAGAGAACGGAAGAGGCAUCUUGGAUGAGGUGGAUCUAGCUUUCAAAUUCCCUUUUGAAGGCCGACCCAACUGA